AUGUCUGGCAAGCCCAUGUCUCCCGGUGGCUCCUUCGGACGCCGUUCAGCUCCCGAGCCUAACAAGCGAGCUCUGUAUGUCGGAGGUCUCGACCAGAGGGUUACUGAGGAGGUCUUGCGCCAAAUCUUCGAAACCACCGGCCAUGUCCAGAGCGUCAAGAUCAUCCCCGACAAGAAUGCUAAGGGUUACAACUAUGGUUUCGUUGAGUAUGACGAUCCCGGUGCGGCUGAGCGCGCUAUGCAAACUUUGAAUGGUCGACGAGUGCACCAGUCGGAAAUUCGAGUCAACUGGGCUUACCAGUCCAACACCACGAGCAAGGAGGACACCUCGGGCCAUUUCCAUAUCUUCGUCGGUGACCUGUCCAACGAGGUUAAUGAUGAGAUCCUCACCCAGGCCUUCUCCGCCUUUGGUUCUGUCUCGGAGGCCCGAGUGAUGUGGGACAUGAAGACGGGCAGAUCUCGUGGUUACGGCUUCGUCGCCUUCCGCGACCGCGCCGAGGCUGAGAAGGCUCUGAGCUCCAUGGACGGAGAGUGGCUUGGCUCUCGUGCCAUUCGAUGCAACUGGGCUAACCAAAAGGGCCAGCCUUCUAUUGCCCAGCAACAGGCGAUGCAGGCGAUGGGAAUGACACCUACGACCCCUUUCGGCCACCACCAGUUCCCCGCCAACGGCAUGGCUAGCUACGAUAUGGUCCUCGCCCAAACCCCUUCGUGGCAGACCACCUGCUAUGUCGGCAACCUCACCCCUACACCACCCCCAACGAUGUCGUUCCCUUGUUCCAAAACUUCGGCUACGUUGUAG